AUGUCAGACAGUGAGGAGGAGGAGGCCCCUGAAGAGAGGGAGCCAGAAUGCCUGCUGUGUGGACGAUCAGAGGCUGACCCAAACAUCUGCGGGGAAAUAGGUUUCGUAUUUGGGCUCUGUGUCCACCAGUUCUGCCUGUUUUUUGCCAGCGACUUUACUCACCUGGUUCAUGGAGAAAUCUUGAAUAUUGACGAAAGGGAUAUCCAAGAUGCAGUCUUCCGGGCGGCACAGCAGAGAUGCUGCAUCUGUGGCCAGAGCGGGGCCACCAUCACCUGCUGUGAAAGACACUGUAACCUGAGGUUCCACCUGCCCUGUGCCAAGGAGGGAGGCUGUGUCACCCAGUUCAUGCAACUGUACAGGGGCUUCUGCCCCACACACAGCCCACAGCAGGCAGUGGAGGCGACUCCGGAGCCGGGCACCGAAUGCCUCAUCUGCAUGGAGCCUGUGGAAGACAGAAAGACCUUCAACACCCUGGUGUGCCCAGCCUGCAAAACUGCCUGGUUCCACAGGGACUGCAUCCAAGAACAGGCUAUGUGUGCUGGUAUUAUAUACCUCCAGUGCCCCCGCUGCAGAGAUGAUGACACAUUUCUCAUGGAUAUGUUCACCAUGGGGAUCCGAAUGCCCUUGAGAGGGAGCUCAUCAGUUUUCCCUUCUCCCGUCAGACUAGAACUACCAUGGGAGGAGAAUGAUGCAUUCGCCGAGCUAAGACAGAGACACAGGCGCUGUGAUGCCAGUGAGUGCCUUUGUCCAGGAGGCAGGCAGGAGGCAGAGCAGGAGGGGCCCUGGCAACUGCUCCUGUGCUCCUCCUGUGCUACCGAGGGCACCCACAGACACUGCUCUGGCCUGAGGGACACCAUAACCAGCUGGGAAUGUGAUGGCUGUGCUGGUCUGGGCACAUGUAAGUCGCAAAGCACCCUGGUGACCCUGGGCCUGGUGCCCCUGGGUCUGGCAGUGGGUGCCCAGGGUGGGUUUGGCUGAGCCGCACUGCUCUGGCCUAUCUUGU